AUGGGCCGCAGGAAGAUCGAGAUUAAGGCUAUCAAAGAUGAUCGCAAUCGCUCGGUGGGCGGUCUUUUCAAGAAGGCGCAUGAGCUGGCUGUCCUCUGUUCGGUCGAUGUCGCGGUUAUCAUCUUCGGCCAAAACAAGAAAUUAUAUGAAUAUUCUUCAUGUGAUAUGCACGAUGCCCUUGGUCGGUAUCAAUAUUUCGGUGGCCCGCACGAGCAUAAAGGCCCGGAUGACUUCUCCGGCAAGCGCGACGACGACGAUGACGAAGAUGAUAUGACCCCAGCCCCCGAGGAUAUCCAAGCUGUUCAAACCCAGAGCGCAGUUCCGCCUCAUCUACAACAACCUGGUUUCCAGCACAUCAAUCAUGCUCCUUCUGCGUCUCCCCCGAUCCCGAACGGUCUCCCUAUAACGCGACACGUCUCCAACCUGGGGCCUCAGCAGCAUGCUACUCCCCCCCCUCAGAAUGGUUUCGCCUAUAUGUCUAAUCCCUCGAUGUACAAUCCCAACGUUCACGGUCCAAUGAAUCAAGCCCGGCCGGGUCAAUUUCCCCAUCAGUACGGCCACCCGGGACCGCAGGGCACUCCUCCUCACAUUUCUCACAUUUACAACAUCCACAUGCCGGGGGGGCCACAACAGUUGGCAAUGGCUCAAGGGCCUCCGCCCGUCCCGCAGGUUCAACAGACAUACAUCGCUGAACAGAACAGAGGGUCCAUGCCACCUGCCUUUGCUCACGAGCCACCACACCACGAUCGCUCUGUCCCUGUCGAGAACUCCGACCAUAUGAAUGCUGGCAUGAGACCCGAUCCUAGUCAAUCACCGCCGCAGCCGAAGACAUCGAAAUCCCACAGUAUUUUCACUCCGAUCGAUGACCGAGGCUCUGUACUUGCACGGCACUUUGGAGGACCGGCCCCGGUGUAUGAGGCUCCACGCGGGCCUCCGACGAAAGUCGAACCACCAGAAGAUUCCAGGCCGUCAAAUAUUAGCGCACCACCGGAACCUACUCGUACUCAAUCGAUCUCAUCUACGCCAGACCUGAAGCCACCCCAGCGCACGAAUAGUGGCGCACUCAAUUCCAAGCGUCCGCAAUUGAAAGUCCAAAUUCCUAGUGAGAAUUCGGACCGGGGCAGUGCCACUGCUGAGUCGUCAGAUCGCGACUCGGCAGGUAACAGAACUAGCACUCCUGCUAAAGGGAAUAACGAAAAUCCACCUACUAGCGUGGUGCUACCGCCUCCAUCACCAUCGGCUGGGGCAAUACUUAGCGCUGGGGCACAAGGUCCGCCCAAUCCUUUCGCUCGCCCACCACCUCCUGCGACUCAAUCAGGCAAUGCGUAUGGCAAUAACGGAGCGUCAGCUAAUAACGGCAACAACUCGAAUAACAUAGAGACGCCGAUAUCUGCACUGCCAAGCCGUUUCGUAUCAGAUGCCCUAUUACCAUCGCCAUCCAGCUUUUUCCCUGAAUGGGGUUUCGGCCGCUCGGGCCCUGACUCCAACUUGUUGCCCAGUCCAUUGACCUUCCCCACACCCGCAGUACAAAGCGGGCCUAGCUUCUCGCGGGAAGACGAACAAGACAAGAAACGGAAGAGUCCAGACAAUGGGCAAGGGCGGAUACGGCGAAUAAAAAGCCCAAAUCCUAGCAUAUGUAUCCUGAAACGCCCUGAAAAGCCUUUUCCGACUUGA